AUGGUCAACAAUGCAAUUGUCGUCCCCGUCGCCGUGCUGGCGGCUAUAUCCGUCGCCAUGUUCAUCUUCAUCUGUUGGUGGUUCCCUCGCCACUACAAAAAGGGCGUGGAGCAGGACAUGAACAUCAUGGACGAUGAGCGCGCAGAGAGGGACGGGAUCCACGUCGACAUGAGCAUGGGUCAGGUGCAGGUCGGCGAGGACGGCGCGCCGCGCAAGAAGACCUUGGAGGAACACAUUGCCAUUGCGAGGGAGCAGAUAAGGCGGGGAGGUCAUAACCCGUCGACAACUCCGUAUUAA